CUAAACUAGGUACCAACAGAGAUUAAUAGCCCAGUUUAGUAGAUGAAAUUAAAGAGCAUAAUGAGGAUUCAUAAUUGGUGGGGGGCAGAUGCAUGAGUACUCCUGCGAAGAGAGGGAAUUGAGUGAAAGGAAGAAGAACAUCGAGAGAAAAAACAAAUAUUAAUGAGCAGAUCAGAGGCUUUUAAGUAAAGGGGCAUUGUUGAUUUAGAUAUCAUAUCACAUUCUCUGUUAUUAAUACUCUUCCCUUCAGUUCACAUCUUCUUCAUCCUCUCUCUCGCUCACUUUAUCUAGUAUUGGUCCUUCUCUGAAAGUUUUGGGGUCUCCAUUGCCGUUGUCUGUUUGCGCUAAGUUUACUUUGUUUCAGGUAAACUGGGCCUGAUGGACCACCCUCUCGGAAGUUAGAUUUUUGCCGUGCGACCACCGUUUACAAACUAGAGCGGGGCGAGUGCGAUAGGAAAAGGAAGGGAAAAGAUAGCAUUUUGCCAUUAAUGGCGGAUCCACCAAGCUCUUCUGAACCCGAGAGCAGCACCAAUUCCAUGUCUUCCUUCUCUUCGCAUCCGCCUCCUCCUUCAGGAGGUCGGAGCGCAAAAGCGUUGCGGAAGGAGGCCGGCGGCCUGUCCGCCAAACCGCGGGUGUGCGGCCGGAGAAGGCAUCCGCUGUACCGCGGCGUGCGGAUGCGGAGUUGGGGGAAGUGGGUGUCGGAGAUCCGGGAGCCGCGCAAGCAGUCGCGCAUCUGGUUGGGGACGUUCCCGACGGCGGAGAUGGCGGCGCGCGCCCACGACGUGGCGGCGCUCAGCAUCAAGGGCUCCGCCGCCGUGCUCAACUUCCCGGAGCUCGCCGGUUCGCUGCCCCGUCCGGCUACCCUGUCUCCGCGCGACGUUCAGGCCGCGGCUGCCAAGGCAGCCGCGGGCGACCUGGGAGACCGCGCGGCGCAGCCCCCGGCGGUGGCGGUGGACGGGGCGGAGCCCGACGAGCUGGGGGAGAUCGUGGAGCUGCCGUGUCUCGACGGGUGCCGCUUUCUCGACUCGGCCGAUUCCGGAGGCGAGUUUCUGUACGACGACAGGGUCGACUCGUGGGUGGAUGUGGAUCCGCUGCUGCCGCCGUGGAUCGACUCACCGGAUGCCUUUUUUCCCACCAGCUUCUAAGUAUUACUAAUCAAUGCAUCAUUGCUACUUAAUCUUCUCUGAUGCCCUUUCAAUUUUUUGUUUUUCAUAAUUAGGGGCUUAAUUAAGGGCCUUUUAAGUUCCAUUUAA